AUUAAAAAAAGUCUUUAUAAAGAGAAGAAAAAAAACAAAUUCCAUAGGAUUCGCUUCGGACAACUUUGUGGAACCUUUAUCUCGGCGAGGUUUCUCUCUCAGCCGUCGUCGAUUCUCUGCUCGCUAAAGCAAAGUUUGACGAUGGAAGCGAGUUAUGAUUCUGCCAAUGUUUCGACCAAUGAUAAAGAGACAUCCUCUGAGAAGAUCUUUGUGAACCAUGCUGAGAUAGCAUGGCAAGAGAUGAGAAAGAAUUGGGUUGGAGAUCCGUCUAAAAGGACUUCAGAGUUGCCUAUGGAACCUGUCAUAAGCUUCAACGCUACUUAUGAAGAGAUGCUUCUAAACAACCACACUCCCUUUCACAAGCCCAUCCCUCUAUCUGAGAUGGUGGAUUUUCUGGUUGAUUAUUGGCACGGGGAUUGUCUUUUCGACUAGGUAACUCAAGGGGGAGGAUUCUCGGUAUUCUUUGCUGCCUUGAUACAGUGUUUAGUUGCUGUCUCUACUAAUCCAUUUACAUAUUCCACAUGCUUUGAUGGAAUGAUGUUUACUUUUUGUAUAAUCUAACGGUUUAGUUACACCAUUUCUAUGAAAUGUUGUUAUUGUUCUUUACAACAUGAUUUUAAGUGCUAUUGAAAACUAAAAAGAAGAGGAAACUUCAUUUAA